AUGAACACUACUAAAUCGAAAAGAGGUCGUAAAGCGUAUAUAACUCCCGAAAAAACAGACACGACCGGAAAAUGUCAUUUUAUGAUAGUUAAAAGGGUUCCAAACGUCGUUAAACCCAAGAAAAAGAGUCAUUGUAAGAACUGCGAUAUUAACGAUGAAUAUAUCAAUACAUUAUCAGAACGUAUAAAUAAAAUAGAACACUUAAUCAAAGAUUUCGAAAAAGGAUUAAAAGAUUUUGGACAAAGAUUAACUAAUGUAGACAAUACUCAUAAUAAUUUAAAUUUUCUACAAAUGGAUACAAACUCUUUAAUUGAAAUGUCUAAAAGACCAGAACUCGUGUCAUUUAACAAUAUAAAUCCCCAACCACAAUUUACUCCGUAUUAUCCAGCAAAUGUAUACAUUAAUCAAACUAUCUCGCCUCAGUAUUUUGGAACUAUGCCUUUUGACAAUCGACCUUAUUCGUUUUAUCAAAAUUGA